GCUGCUUUCAAUGUGUGUAAUUCACUCAGCUCAGUGACACUUGAGCAGUUAACACCAGCUAGAGACUUUGCCUUCACAGGUUCUCCUUUCUUGCUCUCAUUUCACCAAACACUUAGACAUGGUCCUGUUGUAUUUUUUCUUUUCUUGAAGAUGCCUACACAAACUAUUUUGUAUGAAUCCGGGACUGCAAGGCUUGAGAGGCAGCAAAGCUGAUGCUAUGGUAGCAUGCUCAGAGCAUACAUGCUCUGCACACUGCCAGCCCAGCAGACCCCUGUGGGACUGUGACUCAAUAGGCAAGUUGUACGUGCUGAGCUGAUGAGCUCCUUGCUGCCACAAACCUAUCCUUACCCUCAGCUAGCUAAUUUAACCUCAGCUUGGGUUUGCCUGUGUGAGCUGCAGCCACACCUGAGUAUUACAGCAUGGACACACCUUUAAUUUUGGCUUGCCUUUCAUCUCUGGUGCUUGGGAGUUGCAGGACAUAAACUUGAAUAGUUGUCCCAGUGGGGACCCAGAAGGUUUCCAGGAAGUAAGGCAGAGGGUCAGAAUGGUGCUAUUCCUUGUGAAAUGCUUUGAUGGACACUUGGCUGGUCUUUGAAAGGUGGCAUGAAAACUUUUCAGUUUGCUUGGCUCCAAUCCUGGUUGUUUCUGGGCUCUUAAGAGAAGGGUGUGAAGGAAGCUGAGAACAGACUCUGCUCACCUGGGUAAUCCCAGCCCAGUUUUGAGUCACAGAGAGCCUCUGACCCUCAGGCCUAAGUGCUUUGUGUGACCAUGCACUACUAUGGGGAGCGGUACAAACAUCUGUACCUGCCAGGAUCGGGCUAUUUCACUGAAAGCAUCCAGCAGUGCACACCCCAGAAAGACGUAUGCAGCACCACGUGCCACCCAGUCAGUGUGAUCAAGAGCCCCAUGCCAAGAUGGCAAAGCUACACUCAGCCUUUCACUUACGUGUGCCCACAGCCAAGUGUGACCCAAACACCACUGCUGUCUUGUCCACCCUAUGUACAGCAAUGUGUCCUGCUGUACCCCGAGCCUUGUGAGACCACUCGCCUUCUGCCCUGCAGGAAGCCCAGCGUGCGGCUGAGCACAGCACCGUGUUUCCAGCCCUGUGAGAGCAUCCACCCUGAGAAAAAGCGCGUGGCCAAGAGCCUUCCACCGUGCGCACCCAGGUGCCCGGAGCCGCGCAAACUCAGGUUCCCACCAUGUGGGAUCAGGUACUCAUCCUCCUGCAAGAACGAAUGCCGGUCGCAGAAGAUAUCCAAGUGCUCCUCACAGCGAUAUGGCACGGAGCUCCGGUCCCUGCAGGGAAUGACCAGUGGGUACUCCCCACCGCUGCGUGGAGUCACUGAGUGCCCCCCGCAGCAGUGCGGAACAGAGUCCUUCAUGCACGAGUGCGUGAACGGGUUCCCCCAGCAGAAGUGCAUGAAGGGUUACCCAACACAGGAGUGCGUCACCACCUACUCCUCCCAGCAGCAAGUAACCAAGUCCGUGCCGCAGCCAAACGUGCCCAAAUGCUCCCCUGGAGAAGGAAUAAAGGAGUGCUCCUCACAGCAACAAACAGGGAAAUGCUUGCUGCUGCAGGAGGGAACCAAGCACAAGAGCUCAUCAACGCAACACCUAAGCAAGUCCAAGUGCCUCUACCCACGGACCACCCACCACUCAACGCACCAUCACUCAGGGGGUGUGAAACGUUCAGGCCACUCCAAGAAGAGCCGUUGUGGUCCAAAAUGUCUGUGGUAAAGGAGAUGAAGUAGGUUUAAAAAACAGCGAGCUAUGUAGCUGAGGUCUAAUGUAUUUUAUUUUACUUCCCCUGCUCCUAUUCUUAAACCCCAGAGAAGCUUUAGCCUUAUUGUACCCCCCGUUGUAACUAUGUUAAAAUCAUAGAGCACACUGCCUUUUGAUUUGGGCACACUUGGGUUAUUCCUGCAACAGAAAAGAUGCUAGUGAGAAAUUAAGUAACUGUGGGCAAUUGCUCAGCCUUUGAACUUCGAAUCGAUACAACUCUGUUACAGUGUCCACACCCCAGGAGGUUUUCACUGUUACUGGA